GUUGUGUGUGGGUGUCUCCCAGUCUGGCGAUGGACCUGGGGAUGGCCAACAGGUGGGUGGCGGCGUUUCUCAGUGCCAUCAUCGUCCUCACCACUUUGGGCAAUUCUCUGCUCAUUCUGCUGAUCCUGACACAGCGCUCUCUGUCCACCAUCUCCAACCACUUCUUGGUGUCGCUGUUUGUGUCGGACCUGUUGGUCGGACUGGUGGUGAUGCCGCCGGCGAUGCUCAACCACCUGUACGGCCACUGGCUGUUUGGUGGCGGUUUCUGCGCUGUCUGGUCCUCAUGCGAUGUGAUGUGUUGCAGCGCCUCCAUCCUGAACCUGUGUCUGAUCAGCCUGGACAGGUAUCUGCUCAUCACAUCUCCUCUCCAGUAUAAACUCAAGAUGACUUCCUCCAGGGCAGUGCUCUUGAUCCUGACCACCUGGACCGUAGCGGCUCUGACUUCUUUCCUGCCCAUUGAGAUGGGUUGGCAUGAGAUGGGUAUUGAAGUCCACCCCCACAAUGUCACCUUUGCGGACAUUGAUGGCGACCAGUGCAGACUGCUGGUCAGCCUCCCCUACGCGCUGAUCGCCUCCAGUCUCACCUUCUUCCUCCCGUCCGCUGCUAUUUCUUUCACCUAUUGUAGGAUUCUCCGAGCGGCGAGAAGGCAGGUGAUGCAGGUCACCUCCCUGACAGCCAACGCCCUUUCUCGCCACCCUCUGCAGGCACAGGGAACUUCAUCAGGAGGAAUUAGUGAGCAUCGGAAACUUGCCAACAGACAGAGUAAAAAAGCUUUGAAAGCGAGUCUGACUCUGGGAGUCUUACUGGGGAUGUUCUUUGUGACCUGGCUUCCAUUCUUUGUGGCCAAUGUGGCCCAGGCGAUGUGCGAGUGUGUACCAGCGCUGCUCUUUGAUGUGUUGACGUGGCUCGGAUACUGCAACAGCACCAUGAACCCGGUCAUUUACCCGCUCUUCAUGCGGGAUUUCAAGCGGGCUAUCGCCAAGUAUCUACGCUGCUGCGGGCGGUGGCGGGAACGCAGACCCAGCGUCGCCUCCUUGUCCGUGAGGUAGUCCCAGAGUGCCCCUCCCCG